UGGUGGUAGUGAUGAUGGUAAUGACGAUGGUGAUGAUGGUAAUGAUGGUAAUGAUGAUGGUGAUGAUGAUGGUGAUGAUGAUGGUGAUGAUGAUGGUGAUGAUGAUGGUGAUGAUGGUGGUGAUGGUGAUGAUGAUGGUGAUGAUGAUGGUGAUGAUGAUGGUGAUGAUGAUGGUGCUGGUGGUAAUUUAGUGAUGAAGGUGAGAGUUAUGAUGAUGGUGAUGGUGAUGAUGAUGGUGAUGAUGAUGGUGAUGAUGAUGGUAAUGAUGAUGGUGAUGAUGGUGAUGGUGAUGAUGAUGAUGGUGAUGAUGAUGAUGAUGAUGGUGAUGAUGAUGGUGAUGAUGAUGGUGAUGAUGAUGAUGAUGAUGAUGAUGAUGGUGAUGAUGAUGAUGGUGAUGAUGAUGAUGGUGAUGAUGAUGAUGGUGCUGGUGGUAAUUUAGUGAUGAAGGUGAGAGUUAUGAUGAUGGCGAUGAUGGUUUUUAUGAAGUAGUGAUGACAGUCGUGACCUGUCAAUAAAUCACAUCACUAAAGUUAUUACCAUUACGUAUAUUCUACUAAUCAUCCCUAACACUUUACAUUCCAGAUAAGUGUGCCACGAAUAUAUAUGGUAUAAGAUCGUUAGUUCUCUGUCUGCCAGCCUGGUUUCGUUUCGCGCAAUGCCUGAGAAGAUAUCGCGAUACUAAACAUGUCUUUCCGCAUCUUGUAAAUGCUGGCAAAUAUUCUACGACGUUUUUUGUAGUUCUAUUUUCUACUCUUGCCGCCAUGGAAAAAGGUAAAUGCUAGGAUUUCUUGUGAGUAUUGAUGUCCUAGUGGGUAUUCUAAAGGCAGGUUUACACUAUCAAAGCUUCUGUGAUCACAGUAGGAAUUUUUCAUCGGUAAAUUCUAAGUUUUGAAGGAUUUGUAAGAAAUGUUUGAGGGGACUGACUCAGUGUUUAACAGUUCCAUCAAACAUUUCUUACAAAUCCUUCAAAACUUCAAUUUACCUAUGCAAAAUUCCUACUGUGAUCACAGAAACUUUGAUAGUGUAAACCAGUUUUAAUGCAGUUGUAGAGUUGGUUUAGUUUAAUCCGUCUCUUUCCUGAGUCUAAUUUUCUUUCACUUGCAGAUAAUAAUAGUUCAUAUAAAGGAGUAUUUUUUAUAUUAUGGAUAAUCAGUGCAUUCAUUGGCACGUGUUAUACACUAACGUGGGAUCUCAAAAUGGAUUGGGGUUUACUGGAACGGAAUCUCAGUGACAAUACGUUAUUGCGUGAAGAAACUGUCUACCCUUAUAAGGUAAGGUUGACAUGAUUGUUGCUAUAUAUCAAUAAAGUAUCCGCUUACUAGGUCAGCCUAAAAUUGCUCAUUCCAAACAUCUUUUUCUAUAGGCUUUUUAUUACUUUGCAAUUUUUGAAGACUUCAUAUUUCGUUUUAUUUGGACAUUAAAUGUAUCCGUCGGAUAUUCUGGGGGAGUACAUCGAGAGUUAAUGAUCACAAUUCUUGCUGUUUGUGAGGUAUUUAGGUAGGUGCUAAAUAAAAUGUCAUUUCAUGCUGAUGGCUUGCCCCAGUUUCCUCAACUCUCAUACCCCGGUCAAACGAGAACAAGAGUUGCAUAAGAGUUGAUGAGAGUUACAUGAGAGUUGAUAAGCGAGAGUUUGCGUGAGAGUUUUCUCAACUCUCAUGCCCCGGUCAAACGAGAACAAGAGUUGCAUGAGAGUUGAUGAGAGUUGAGAAGCGAGAGUUUGCAUGAGAGUUUUCUCAACUCUCAUGCCCCAGUCAAACGAGAACAAGAGUUGCAUGAGAGUUGAUGAGAGUUGAUAAGUGAGAGUUUGCGUGAGAGUUUUCUCAACUCUCGUGCCCCGGUCAAACGAGAACAAGAGUUGCAUGAGAGUUGAUGAGAGUUGAGAAGUGAGAGUUUGCAUGAGAGUUUUCUCAACUCUCAUGCCCCGGUCAAACGAGAACAAGAGUUGUAUGAGAGUGCAUGAGAGUUGGUAGUCAAAUGCAAGCGAGAGUUGCAAAUCUCUCGUUAACUCUCAUUAGAGAGUUUAAGCUUCACCUUUCCGGGAACGGCAAACAGCAGGUUCGAACUUUCUUGGCAAAAUUUUCGUUGAACGUUUUCGUCUCAUAUUUUCUUUCUUGCGUCGAAAGAAUAAUUAUGUAUUUCAGUUUUAAAACAGCAAGUUCACUUACUCUUUAUUGCCUGAUACCGUAAAAUUUUUCUUUGCCUGGCUUUUGCCGUUUGACGUAUAACGCGAAGCUUAAACUCUCUAUUCUCGUUUGACGGGGGCUUUCCAACUAUCUAUUCUUCUUUCUAGACGUUUUGUGUGGAAUUUCUUUCGACUCGAAAACGAACACUUGAACAAUUGCGGUGAGUUCCGCGCGGUUAGGGAUAUCUCAGUCAUGCCCAUGGAUCCUGACGAUCAUAUCUUACUGGAAACUCUAAUGGACGAUGAAACGGGGCCGCCUCGGGCCAGUUCUGGUCGCCUUAAUUCCAGAGCUACACAAAAACGUCGAUCGACCAUCAUCAGCAAUGCUACCAAUAAUACGGUGGUAUAG